GCGAGAGUCGCUCGCGUCUCGAGAAUGCAGGUCGGGCAACUCGGUCGGCGUAGGGCUCGGUGCGGCCUCGGAAGGCCCCGGAAUUGAUAGAAGCUUGCGGUCGGCUCCGGUGGACCGGCGCGGGUGCGAGACCGAGCGAGCGGAGCGAGGAUUCGGCCCCGGGAUGAGGCCCGGGCCGACGUGACACGGGCGGGUGCGCGCCGCCAUUUUUAUUUGGGCGCACGAUGCGGCAACCGUGCGCGCCCGUUCGAUCCGCCAUUCCAAACAAUCCUCGGAGUCCGCGGCCCCUUGGACCAGCCAUCUCGAAAAGUGGCUAGCGACUAGUCGCGACCUCGACGGCGUCCCCGGCCCGCGGCAGCUCGUCGGCACCCUCCGCCGCCCGCGGCCACAUCGCCGGCGAGGACCGUCCACCGUGCGCGUCCGAGGGGCCCGGGAUCGGGUCCGGGGCGAGAGGAUGCCAGGUCGUCCCCUCCGGUGAGUGCAGUGCGCCCGGGAUGCGCCGCCCGCGAGGACUCGCCUUCUGAGCGACCCACCUAGGGAGCCGGCCACCCUCGGGAACCGCCGUCCAGAAGUCGGCCCGCGGCGAUGAGACGACGCGUCCCCGUCCGCUCGGCCGGGUCGCCUCUCUGAGGCGAACAGCUCCAUCGGGGGCCCGAUCCGACUCGACAUGGAGAUCGAGGCGAAGCAGCGGAACCAGAGGAACCGACGAAGGGAACGUGCCCAGCGCAUGCUCGCCCAGCGAGAGAGCCUCGCCAGCGCGAAGCAGCAGCAACAGCAGCGACAGCAGACCAGGAGGCCUGCCGACGAAGAGGACAGCCAUAGCGGGGAGGACGAGGACGCAGCCGGAGGCCUCGCUUCGAUUGGCCUGUCGAGAGGGAGUCGACCUCGAGAAAGCCGCUCCAGGCCUCCGAGGCCUCCCAGACCCCCCAGGCCCAGGAAGAAGUCUUCCCUUGCCGGGGCGGUGCAGAAGGAUCCGCCGUUCGAGGAGGACAUAGUCGACGGAUUCGCCAUCCUUGCCUUCCGUACCUACGAGGAACUCGAGAGUGCAAUAAAGUUGGCCGGCAAGAAUAAUGUCAAGAAGCUCCAUACGCUGCUCUCGAUAGCCGACGAGAAGCCCAAGGUUGACACCGGCCAGCACGACCGACACGGCGAGCACCGCAUCAAGAACCACUUCAAGCACAACCAUUAUACGCAUAAUUCCAUACUGACACCCUCCACGCUGAACCAGGGCUUAGAUGCGGGCACUAGCGACGACAGCGGGAGAGCGUCCGAACGGUUGCACGGCCCUGGUAUACCUAGGGAUUGCCAGGACGCCGACAGCUCCAGGGACCACCUUAGCGAUGCUAGCAGUCAUUGCAGUUCGGGUAAAGGUUAUAUCUGUGAUAGCGAAGGAGAAGACGACAAGGUGAGUAGCCAUAGAUUACCGUCGAGAGAUCCACGUUUCCGAGGAGACGAUCGCGUCGUCACUCAAGCGUUCCUCGUGUCCUUGCAGGUCUCGGAUGCGGAGUCGAUACUCUUCGAGUCUUCUACUCCACCGCCGCUCGCACGAAAAUGUACGUGUCGACCCUUGACUUGGGCACCUCUCAUCGACGAGUCUCGCAAGCGGUGUAUCGAUGGUUCCGUUUCAGACGAGCUGCCGUCCUCCUCGCCGCACGCGCUGCCACCGGCAAACGGAGCGGGGGGCUCGCCCCCCGACACCGGCGGCCAGAUCUCCAACCCGGCGACGGACGCCCCGGCGCCGAUUCCGCCUCCGGCGGCCGCGUCCGCACCCGUCCCGACGGCGCCCAGUCCCCCCAGCCCCACGCUGCCCCCGCACAUAUCCCAGCCUCCCAUGACCAGCCCCCUGGCGGCGAACCCUCGCGCCACGGUCCCGCAGCAGCUGGUGCAGCAUCAGCCCCACCAGCCGCACCAAUCGCACCAGCCGCAUCCGGCGCACCAGCCGCAGCAGCCGGCGCACCAGCACCCUCCGUCGCACCCGCAAUCACAGGCCCAGCCGCAGCAGUCGCAGCAGGCUCAGCCGCAGCAGCCGGCCCAGCAGUCGCAGCCGCGGGCGGCGUCGCCGGCGCUUCCGCCGCCCUCGCUGCCCCGGCACCCGGCGGGCGCGCCUCUGGCGCCCUCGAGCCACACGACCAGCCCCGCGGUAGCGAGCCUGGGGGUCGCGCCGGCAGCGCCCUCGAACGGCGCUUCCCAGGCGACGUACCCGCCGCCCCUCGCCAUGUCGCUGCCCUACUCCCAGACCGGGCAGCCCUCCUCUUAUCCGCCGCUCUACACCCCCUACGCCGCCCUGAACCACAGUCCGUACCUGCCACCGGCGGUGCCCUCGCCCUCGCACUCGGCCGCCUCUUCGAGGACCGACGCGGUAGGUGCCCGCCGCCAUCCGAGGGCCUCGCCCGCCGUCCCGGGCCCGGCUGACUCGCUUCUCGGUUCGCAGCGGGCGUCCCCCUGCGCUCCCGGGCUCCGACAGCCGGCCGGCCCGGGCGGCUCGACGCCCCUCAGCGCCGCGACGACGACCUGCGUCUCUACGAUCGCGAACACCGUUACCACCGCCAACACGAUCGCCCACCGGGACGUCGUGGCCUGCAGCCUCGCCGGCAGGGCUAACGCGAACAACUCGCCCCGAGGGCACAGCCCCAACCGGGAGCGCGACAGCUAUAGCAGCAACGUGAGCAGCCUGAGCCGGGGCAGCGUGACGCCCGUCAGUGCGGCCAACACCUCCUCCCCGGCGAACUCUAGUCUACCCGCCUCCUACUCCAAGGCGCAGUCAUGGAUGGGGAACACGGCGUCUCAGCUGUCGCCCGCCACGGCCACGUCGGUGCCCAGGCCGACGCCUCCGCCGGUGCCGCCUCUGGGGAUUCACGCCUUCCCGCCGCCGAUGUUCGCCGCGCCCCCUCUGCCGCCGCCGGUCUCGAGCUCCAGUCCGCACGCGACGCUGCCCUCGCUGCCGCCGCCCCCGACCUCGAACCCGAACCCCUUCUCGGCGGAGUCGCUCUUCCAGACGAGGAUCGCUCACGUUUCAGGCCAGACCGACCUGCUCAGGCGGGAGCUCGACAACAGGUUUCUCGCCUCCCAGGAUCGGGGCGUCGGCGUGGCCAACCUCGGGCCCCCGGCCUACCUGCGGACCGAGAUGCACCACCACCAGCACCAACACACCCACGUGCACCAGCACACGACGCCCCUGCUGCCGCCUCCCGCGGCCACGACCCUCUUCCCGCCGCCGAUCUUCAAGGACAUUCCAAAGCUGGGGAGCGUCGACUCGCCGUUUUUUCGCGGCAACCUCAACCUCUCGAGCUACUCGGGUUUUAACGCCGGUCUCCUGCACCCCGGGAUCGGGCCGCCACCUUCCACGCCAUUCGUCCCGCCGAAUCACCUGACCUCGUUCGCACCAAAGAAGACCGGCAAGUGGAACGCCAUGCACGUGAGGAUCGCUUGGGAGAUCUAUCACCACCAGCAGAAACAGCAGGCGGAGGCCAAGGCCGGCGGGGUGGUCGGCGCAAAGACGGAGCUCCUCAGGCCGCCCGGAGGUCACCCGGUUUACCCCGGGGCUCCGGGGGCGCCGGGAGGCGGCCUCGGCAUCGGCGCCCCGGUCGCGCCGCCCUUCGCGGCGAACCUCCAGCCCGCUCACCCACCGGCGCCGCCGCCGCCCCCGCCUCCGCCUCCGCACUCCGUGGGCUUCCUCUCGAGCCCGGCCUCGCACCUGGUCACCACCGCGGGAUCCGGAAUGUCGCCGUUCGGAAGGUAUCCCACGACGUUCGCCGCGGCGAACCCGAACUUCCCGGGGCUCGGCGGGUUCCCGCUGGCGCGGGAGAUGCCAGCCCUGGGAGGCCUGGGCUCGGUCCACGACCCCUGGAGAGGCUACCCGUCCAGGUUGCAGCGCUCCGCGGGGGGCUUUCCGCCGACGACGGUGUCCUGGGGUCUGAAGCCGGAGCCGCCGCCCGUGGACCGGCGGGCCGAGCUGGAGGAGCGGGAGAGGGAGCGGGAACGAGAACGCGAGAGGGAGCGCGAGAGAGAACGCGAGAGGGAGAGGGAGCGCGCCAGGAGGGAGCGGGAGCGCGAGGAGCAGAGGGAGAGGGAGCGCAGGGAGCGCGAAAAGGAGGAGAAGCGCAAGCAGGAGGCGGCCGAGCGCGAGAGGGAGCGGGAGCGCCGCGACAAGGAGAGGAGGGAGAUGGAGAGGCGGGAGAUGGAGCGCGAGAGGCUGCUGCACCAGAACCGGCAGCAACAGCAGCAACACCAGCAACAGCAGCAUCAGCAACACCAGCAUCAACAUCAACAUCAACAGCACCAGCACCAGCAGCACCAGCUCGGCCGGGAGCGCUCGCCCUUGAGGAACGGCGGCCCCGAGGCCGGCGACGUGAUGCGCGUCAAGGAGGAGCCGCGCGGCAAGGACGACGAGGUGGUGAUGCUGCCGCGGCCGACGGGGCCGCUCCCGGAUCCGCGGUACCACCACCCGCACCCGCACGCGGCCUACUUGGCGGCGCGCCAUCCGCACGGGAUGCCGGGGCCCCACUCGAUGACCCGGGGCAUGCUGCCGGGCCUGGGGGCCCACCCGAUGCAGCACUUCCCUCCUCCGCCUACGGCGGGACCCGGGGCGCAGCCCGGGCCCGGGCCUUGGGCCGCGGACCCGUUCCGCGACCCCUACCGCUACGACCCGCUGCAGCAGCUCCGCUACAACCCGCUGGUCGCUGCGGCGGCGUACCGGGCCGAGGAGGAGGAGCGCUCCAAGUUCUACGCCGGCUACCCGGGGACGCUGCGCGCGAAGGACCCCAGCCCCGGGCCCCUGAGCAACCUGCACAUGCACCACCGCGCCGGACCCGGACCCGGCCCCGGCCUCGUCCACGACGUCCAUAAGAAGGAGGACGCCUCCCAGAGCCGAUGAUAGGAGAGGACCGACUGUACAUAGACGACGAGGGGCCCGAUUAUUUAAUUAUUUAUUUAUUGCGACGCGUCCGCGAGGAAUCUCCCCGAGAGUCGACGACCCCGGCCGCUCGUUUAACUUAAUCGAUGUAAUAUAAAGAACUUUAUAUAUAUAUAGAUACGUAUAUAUAUAUAUAUAAAUUUUACUUUUUCGAUAGGGCUUGUAAAUUAGUAGCGUGGACUGUAGGUAGAGAAUGAGAGUGACAGCGACUCGUAGGGAUGGAAGAGUAUAGGACGCUCUCGCCCGCGCGGAAGUAGAGCGAGAGAGAGAGAGAGAGUGUGGGUGGAGAGGGUGACGCCGCACUCGGUACUUUCCUGUGAUAUAAAAUGACGAUUAUCUAGUAAUACCUGAUGGCGCGGACGGAACCCUCCCCCCCUUCCCCGGAAAUCGAUAGAGGGCGAGGAGCGGCCGCGAUCCCUCUCUCUCCCUCGGAAGCGGCCGUCGCGGCGUUUAACCACUACCCCCCCUCGAGUCGCCGACGUCGGCGACGUUUUCCUAGGCGCGAUUCGUUCCUCCAUUUUUUUUUUUUUGAAGACGCGAUUCGUUGUUACGUUUUUAUGGCCACGAUUCGUCGCCAAAAUUCGCAGCAACGCGUCCCGUUUGCGCGACUUUCGUUGAUUUGUUCGUCCUCUUCCCUCAACCCCCCCCCCUGUUUUCCCCCGAAGACCUCGAGGGAGGCGCGUCGCCGUUAAGCGUCGUCGAAGCGACCAAUCGAGAACUGUACAUUACCCUGUAAUUUGAUAUAUAACGUUUCUAAUAACCGCUCGUCGUUGGGCGCGACCAACGCGAUCAGGGAACGAGACGAGGCGGUGACGGCACGGACGGAAAGAGGAAAGGAGAGCUGUAGAUAAUUCGAUCGUAGGUCGACCGAGAGACCCGAUUGCGACGCGAUGCAAUAACCACGAGUCGGUUUUCGUUUUUCCUCCCCUGAAACCCCCUUCUUGUAGAUACGUCGCGGAGUAUAGGCAAGAGGUUUUGUGUGAAUAUAGGUUCUUUUCUAUAUAGAGAGAUCGAGAGAGAGAAAGAGAGAGAGUGCGAGUGUGAGAGAUCGAUUCUUUGUAAAAGGGUCUGAAUAAUCAUAGUUUACACGAAAA